AAAAUAAUAUUUGACGAUAUUCAACUACUUUAAUUAAUCAAAAAUACAAACCAAAGGAAAAAUUGUUAAUGUAAAAUGGAACUUAUUAACUUGUUCUUAAAGCUGUAUUUCAUUUUAAGAUCUGAUUUACAGCUGAAUGGCUCUAAUGGUGACUACAGACGGGAAAGUACACAGUCAUUAGAUCAAAGGCAUCAUUAAAAGAGUUAGUUCACAACUCGGGCUGUAACACUUAAGCAGAAUAAAAAAUAGUGUUAAUUUGCAUAUUCACUAUUCCAUAUGCAUUAUAAGUCUCAGACGGUAUGAGCCCAACAGGAACUGUUCCAUAUGUGUUUUGUUUCUAUAUAUUGACAGAUGCACAAAGCCUUAUACAGUACAAAAUUUACGCAGUGCGAAACGGUGAACUUCAUGUUGAGUCACUUUUUAUUGUUUCACCAAAUACUCCUUGUUGCUUUAAAUUAUCCAGCAGCGACAUAGUAGAUGAUUUCCAUAGAUAACAAUGUCACAUUGUUGCAUAAGGCUCUGCUACAAAUCCUUAAUUACAAAAAAGGGGAUCAGAUGACUAGAGCACCGAAUACCGGGGUCUCCAGGCGGCAUGGGGGUCUUUGAUCAAGAAAAUCCAAUUAUUUGUGUAUAUACAUUUCCCACAUAGUUAUUACUUCAUUAAUUGUCCCGCCUUUAUCUCCUCCCUUCCCAUCCCCCUAAUAAUCAGUUCUUUUAUCCAGACCAACAAACACACCAUAGGAGCUUUGUGGAUUCAAAGGAUUUGCUUUCCCUUCUCAAAGAGCCGCUAUUCUUUGAUGAUUGGGCAGCGGCAAACUUCAAAGUAAUAAAUCUUAUUUCUGACUGGCUGGCGGCCCACCAAAGUCCUUAUCAAAUUCUAAGAAGUGAUCCCUCACUCUUCAGAUAGUCCAAGGAUAUCUGGAGAAGACGGAGCGCAGAAGGGAGAGAAGGGAGAGACGAUUACAUGAAGACACUUUUGGUUAUUUUACGUUUCUCUGAAAUUGUUUAAGUCUUUUUUUUUUUUUUUUUUCAAAACAAAAAAAAAAGUUGGCCAUGGCAGCAGUAGCAGUACUGCGAAACGAUGCACUCCAGGCUUUUCUCCAGGAUCGUACUCCAAACUCCUCGCCGGAGACCAAGAAUUCUCCUCUAGCACUUCUAGCGGCCACUUGUAACAGGAUUGGACAUUACCACGGAUCAAAUCCAUCCGAUUUUCUGCAAGUCCCAUAUGAGACCACCCUCGGUUCUCCUUCGCGAAUUUUCCACCCUUGGAGUAACGAAGGAAACCCACAAUGUGCUUUAUCAACAAAUUCCUCUUUGGCGCUGUCCCCCAAAUCUCAGCUGUCUGCACACAUUCAGUCCUCCUUUAAUUCUCACCACGAACUCCCUCUGACCCCGCCAGCCGAGCCUUCAUAUCCGUACGACUUCUCCCCAGUGAAGAUGCUACCAAGUUCCAUGCAAUCAUUACAAUCCAGCUGCCCUCCCACGUACGUGCCCGCUGUUACAUACGCAACGACAGCAAUUGCGCCUACAAUGACAAGUUUUGUUCCUGGACACGCUGGCCUUAUCCAUCAGCAGCCAAUGCAGUUGUCACCAAAUCCAGUAGAGGACAUUCCGUGGUGGAGCCUUCAACAAGGAAAUCCCGUCAAUCAUCCGUCAUCACUUGCUUCGCAUAGGUUCCCUCUCCAGAGGAGCUUAGUCCUGGGUCAUUCGGAAUUUGCCCAAUAUCAGACUCAAAUAGCUGCCCUCCUUCACACGAAGUCUCCCCUUGCCACUGCCCGGAGGUGUCGGAGAUGUAGGUGUCCGAAUUGCCAAUCUUCCAGCUCCAAUGACGAGCCAGGAAAAAAGAAGCAACACGUCUGUCAUAUUCCCGGGUGUGGGAAAGUUUAUGGAAAAACUUCCCAUCUCAAAGCACAUUUAAGGUGGCAUUCAGGGGAGAGACCGUUCGUAUGUAACUGGCUGUUUUGUGGCAAGAGCUUCACUCGGUCCGACGAACUCCAGAGGCACCUUAGGACACAUACAGGAGAAAAGCGCUUUGUUUGCCCGGAGUGUUGCAAAAGGUUCAUGAGGAGUGAUCAUCUGGCCAAACAUGUCAAAACGCAUCAGAACAAAAAGAGCAAACCGCACGUUAGUGAAUAG